AUGAUGGAUAUUGCUUCUCAAUUGAUUUUACGUUGGCAUCGCUUUGCUGCAGAAGAAAUUGAUGUUUGUGAUAAUUUUACCCGAUUAACAUUCGACACAAUUGCACUUUGUGGAUUCGAUUACCGAUUUAACAGUUUUUAUCGUAACGAAAUGCAUCAAUUUGUUGUUGCGAUGGGCAGUGUCCUUACCGAAGGUAAUAGACGUUCUCAACGACUUCCGUUACAAAAUACACUCAUGGUUAGAGCUGCAAAACAGUAUCAAGAUAAUAUUGCUUAUAUGCACAAGCUAUGUGAUGAAAUUGUACAAUACAGACGCAUGUAUCCAAAUGAUACUAAUGAUUUGCUUAAUCGAAUGAUUAACGGAAAAGAUCAAGAAACUGGCCUUCAACUAUCGGAUGAAAAUAUUCGUUAUCAAAUGGUCACAUUUCUGAUUGCUGGUCAUGAAACAACUUCUGGAAUGCUUUCACUCGCGUUUUAUUACCUUCUCAAGAAUCCGCAUGCCUUCCAAAAAGCACAAGCAGAAGCUGAUCAAUUUGACGAAAUCACCGUUGAUAUCCUGCCAAGAUUGAAAUAUAUUGAUGCUAUUCUCAAAGAAACACUUCGACUGCAACCUAUAGUAUCAUUUUUUUCCGUACAAUCGAAAGCAGACAAAGAGAUCCUACCUGGUGGCUAUGAAAUCCACAAAGACGAUCGAAUUUCAGUCCUGGUGCGUCAAUUACACCGUGAUACAAAAGUUUGGGAUCGCCCAGAAGAUUUUCUACCCGAACGAAUGCUCAACGGAGGUUUUGAAAAUUUGCCACCAAAUGCCUGGAAACCUUUUGGAAACGGUCAACGUAGCUGUCUUGGUCGACCAUUUGCCAUGCAAGAAAGUGUUAUUGUCAUCGCACUCAUUCUUAAACAUUUCAAUCUUGAAUUUGUUGAUCCUUCUUAUGAUCUUCGUAUUAAACAGAUGGGAACGAUUAAACCUGCUGGAUUUAAAAUACGAGCUCGACCACGUCAGCAAGUCAAAAUUCCACUAGGUAUUAGCAUCAAGAAACAAGAAGAGAUGACACCUGCUCAAAUACCGGCCGUCGAGGCAAAUCAAUUUCAACCGUUAUCCAUUCUUUUCGGCAGCAAUUCCGGUUCAUGUGAAUCAUUUGCCAGAACUUUGGCCUCUGAAGCACCUACCCAUGGAUUCAAUGCGACAAUUGCAACUCUUGACUCAGUCGUUGGAGCGAUUCCCUGCGAUCGGCCGGUGAUCAUAGUGACUUCCUCGUAUGAAGGUCAACCGUGCAGUAAUGCAAAACAAUUCGUAGCAUACCUUCAAUCGAAACCGGAGCUCAAGGUCAACUAUGCUGUGUUCGGAGCUGGCCAUCAUGAUUGGGUUAACACGUACCAAAAGAUUCCAAUUUAUAUUGAUGAAACGCUUGAAAAAGUUGGUGGUACGCGUAUUGUCGAUCGUGGAAUCGGUGAUGCUGCUGGUGAUUUCUUUGGUGCAUUUGAAGCUUGGAAAGAUAAUCUUUUUCAAGUAUUACGCAAAAUGAAUGGAUUACAAGGUGUUAUUAGUCAAGAAAAGCUUUCUAUCGAAAUUGUUAAUUCGACAAGAAGUCUUGGACAAAUAACAGAUGUCGGCAUUGUAAUAGAAAACAGAUUACUUGUUGAAGCAAGUGAACUUGGGCCUGCAAAGCGACAUAUCGAAAUUGAGCUGCCAAAAGGGCAAACAUAUCGUGCAGGAGAUUAUCUUGCUGUAUUGCCAACUAAUCCACCGGAAAUUGUUCGUCAAAUUCUUAAACGUUUCAAAUUAUCUAUUGAUACUAAUAUUAAAAUCACGUCGUCUACAGAAACAUUUCUUCCAACUGGUUAUCCCGUGAGCGCAUACACAAUUCUCUGGGGUUAUGUCGAACUGAGUCAACCAAUCAGUCGAAAGCAAGUGGAAACACUUGCUGCACUAUGUAAAGAUGAAAAUGAACAAACACAACUUCAAAGUCUCGGUGGUGAUGCAUAUGAAAAAGAGAUUCUUGAUAAGCGUCUUAGCAUACUUGAUAUUCUCGAACAAUAUCCGUCAUGUGAUCUUUCAUUUUCACAAUAUCUUCGAAUGGUGCCAUCACUUCGUGUGCGUCAAUAUAGUAUCUCGUCUUCGCCUCUGUGGAAUUUCGAAUCGGUGACACUUAGUAUCGACGUACUCACUGCUCCGGCAUUGAGUGGACUGGGUCAGCACUGGGGUGUUGCCUCCAAUUAUCUUGCCAAUCUGAAACCAGGCGAUCGUCUCAGUUGCAGUGUCCGAGCAAGUGAUUCGAACUUUCAUUUACCUACUGAUACAAAGGUUCCAGUAGUGAUGUUUGCUGCUGGCAGUGGAAUCGCCCCAUUUCGUGGCUUCAUUCAAGAACGAGCAGCACAGAUGGUGUGUGGCAGACAAGUUGGUCCUACUAUUCUCUACUACGGAUGUCGAUCAGAAAAAGAUUUCUUAUACGCCGAUGAAAUUGAUAAAUGGUCAAAAAUUGGUGCAAUUCAGGUGAAACAUGUCUUUUCACGUGGAUCAAAGGAUGGCAAAAAAUACGUUCAAGAUUUAGUUUGGGAAGAUCGGAAAGAUAUUCGCAAAUUGUUUUCCGAAGGUGCACGACUUUACACUUGUGGAAGUGCAACGAAGCUUGCUGGAUCAUUGAAAACUUGCUUUAUUAAGAUUAUUGCAGAGCAUCGUCAAUGUGAUGAGUCCGAGGCAGCAACGAUUUUAGCAACGGUUGAUGCUACCAGAUACAGUGUCGAUGUCUUUGCAUAA